AUGUCCUCCCACCGCUCCUCCAGCCCUCCCAAGAGGCGCGCCUCCAACCCCGCGACAUCCGACCUCCACAAGUCAUCCAAGAUGAGCGCUGAGGCCCCCGUCUUCCAGCCCCGCGGUGCCGAUACCAAGCCCUCCGUCAAGGACGAGGAGUACGAUCCCGCGGUCGCAGCGUCGUCCAGCUCGGCCCCCGCUCCUCUGGGUCCGGGAGAGACUCGCGGUGCCCAGGAGCUCUCUGCCGAGACCCGUGCUGCUCUCAGUGCUGCUGUCUCGGCCUCGCGCGUCACCCGUCCCCUCCCCAACAGCCGCCGCCAGGCAGUCGCCGCCAACAUGGUCCCCCAGGCCGCAACAGUGGCCAAGUCGGGCGAGGAGAAGGAGAACCGUCGUCGUUUGAUUGUUGUGCUUUCGCAGGCUUGUCUCGAGGCAUACCGCGUGUCGUCUGGUAGCGGCGGCAAGAACAGCUCGGGCAAGGAGGCCAAGUAUGCUCUCCUGAACUGUGACGACCACCAGGGCAUCCUGGCCAAGACUGGACGCGACAUUGCCGACGCUCGUCCCGAUAUCACCCACCAGUGUCUCCUUACUCUCCUCGACUCGCCCCUCAACAAGGCCGGUCUCCUGCAGGUGUACAUCCACACCGCCAAGGGCGUGCUCAUCGAGGUCAACCCCAGCGUGAGGAUACCCCGCACGUUCAAGCGUUUCUCGGGUCUUAUGGUGCAGCUCCUGCACAAGCUGUCGAUCCGCGGUGUUCAGGGCUCUGAAAAGCUCCUCCGUGUGAUCAAGAACCCAGUUACCGACCACUUCCCCACCAACACCAUCAAGCUCACCCUGUCCGGUGACGCCCCCACCGUUCGCCUGUCCCAGUUCCUCCCCACCCUCCCCGAGUCGCACAGCGUUGCCGUUUUCGUCGGUGCCAUGGCCCGUGGUGCGGACAACUUCGCCGACGCGUACGUCGACCAGAAGAUCUCCAUCUCGGACUAUUCGCUGUCGGCCUCGGUUGCGUGCGGCAAGUUCUGCUGCGCCAUGGAGGAGAUGUGGGACAUUGUGUAA